GCAAAGCCUCUCUUUGUCGACACCUUGGAACCGCGCAGCAAACAUAAUCUACCACCCUGCUUAUGAUUACUGCAGCAGCACUUGUCCGGAGUCAAUCCCACCCUUACUACCUAAUUGUUUCAUUCCGGCUCAUAGUCCACGGCGUCUCCUUCGUCCUAUGAUACAUCUCCCACCUCAGUUCCAACUCCGCUCCGCUCCUUGCUCAAUUAGUCUAGACGACUUCCCAAGUUGGCCGCAGCCUCAUACCUCUCGCCCAAAGGCUGAGGUCGCUAGAACUUCAACCUCAUACCUGAUCAAGGCAAGAGUUGGACUAAAUACCUUCAUGAUGGCUCACAGUCUUUGAGUGCCCCUCGUGGCCGCCCACGGGUUACCCAAGUGGUCUCACUCGCAAGGACCAACCCAUCCUGCCGCCAUACCUGAGGCAUGGCUGAGAUGACUUGGGAAAAGCCUGCGGUCUCAGACAAUAUUUCUUCCACAAGAGCGCUCCAGACAAACCUGACACGGUCCAAGGAGAACUCACCCAACCGUCAGCAUAUGGGUGGACCAGGCCCUGCCGUCGAUCUCAACGGUGCUCUGGACGACCCAGCCUACCGGUCAGAACCCUCAAAGUUGUCUGCCACACAAGGGCCUCCUUCUGAAAAUGUCAGCCCCCUUUCCGCCGUCCCAAAUCCCACGGGUGGUUUCAAGCAGCCACUCGGGGCUCCCUUUGCUCCCCUCUCCAUCAAUUCGAACCAUCUCGACACUUCAACCUCGCCGGGGAAAGAAGUUCCUGACGCAGAUAACGCCUUGAACGGCAGCGGAACUGCUUAUGGCAAUGGCACGCCCACUGCGCCGAGAAAGAGUGUGCAAUUCUCAAGAGACACGGAAGAAAUUGAUAUCCCCAUCCUUGGCCAGAGCACUCCGCCGCUUGACGGUUCAGAACUUGAUAAACCUCAGUCUUUAUAUGCGAGACUAAGAGCACUGGCCAUUCCCCAAGGAUUUAGCCAUUCUAGAUCUGCUAGUGGACUGUCGACUUCUGCACGUUCGGCCGAUGGCAAAGACGCCGACGCUCAGAACAACUAUUUUGGUCGCCAUGACAAUGCACUUGCAGCAACCUUGGAAGAGGAUAGUGCCGAAGAGGCUGAUGAUGACGCAGACGGAGAGGACAGUGCAGCAGAACGUAGAGAACCACAACCGACCUCUCGCACUCGGCGCAAACGCAGGAUCCGCCGCUUCGACAACAUCGAAACCGCUCCAUCGUCACCAAAUAGCCCAAUGCGUCCGGGCCUAGCAAGUGUCCCACAGGCCUCUGACCGUCCACGUCCCCCCGUUUUGGUCAGGAGGGUGACUGAUACUGACAUGCCUCAUAAUCACAAACACCAAGGUUUGUCCGAAGAUGAAGGCCACCGCAACUUGUCACGAGAGACCAGUGCCUGGACACCACGUCAUCCACUGCGUGGCCUGAGUUAUGGAGGACAGAGAAAGCCUGGUGAUUCAACUCCAGAAGGUCAGAAACGACCUCUGACACUCUUGAAUUUUGCUGGUAUCACUUCAUCUCGAGAAGCGGCACCUUCUGAUCCUACAACACCAAAGACUCCUUCUCGCCGUAAGAUCAUGUCCGAAAGAGGAACUUCCCUCAGUGCUGCCAAAUGGAAGCAGCUGAAGAACAGUUUGCGUCUUUUAGGCCAAACUAGAAAGAAGGAACGAACUCCCGACCACGAAAAGUCGGCCGAACUCCUGGCUGAGCUCGCAGCUGGGACCCCUGCAGCCCUCAUGCUGGCUAGCAUGUUCCAACGUGAUGAACAUGACAACCGAAGGAUUCCCAUCCUCAUGGAACAAUUGAAGCUUAGAAUCACCGACAGUGAGGUGGACAAGGACCGAUACAAAGAAGCAGACGUCAGCACCCCCAGCGAUCGACAUUUGAUCUUUCGCAUUGAGCUUGAGUAUGGCAAUGGCAUCAACAGAAUGAAGUGGGUGGUGAAGCGCUCAUUGGGUGACUUUAUCAAUCUACAUGCCAAGUACAAGCUCCACUACGGCUCUGAACGUUUGAAGGGGAGGGGAGAUGCCUCCCUGGACAAGUUUCCCAAGUUUCCUCGAAGUGCCUUUCCCUAUCUCAAGACAUGGCGAGGACUGGACGAUGAAACAGAGGAAGAUGAUGAUCCUGCCAACAAUCCCGACGAUACUGCUGCUACUGACACAGAAGGUCGAACUCCAAAACUGCAAAGUCGUCCCUCGUUCAUGCCUAGUCGACGGAGGUCUAGUGUUGGAGGAAUCCAAGAUCCCGAAUCAGGCGGAUUGCGUCGAGAUCUUCGCUUCGCUGAUCGUCAGCGGAAGAAACUGGAACUCUACCUUCAGCUGAUGAUCAAGUUUCUGCUGUUCCGACCUGAGAGCAAUCGCCUGUGCAAAUUUCUCGAAGUUUCCGCACUGGGCAUGCGGCUCGCUGCAGAGGGCAGCUUCCACGGCAAGGAGGGUUAUUUGCUCAUCCGCUCUGCCAAAGGUCUAGAUUUUCGCAGAGCACUCACGCCUGCUAAUAUCACACAUCGACAUACUCCGAAAUGGUUUCUCGUUCGCCAUAGCUACGUUGUAUGUGUGGACUCCCCAGAGGAGAUGCAUAUCUACGAUGUCUUCCUUUUCGACUCCGACUUUCGCAUCCAGUCUAAACGAAGACUGAAAAACCAUCCCAGGGCCAAAGGCUUGGCUGACGCUGCAAGAGAAUCGACCGGGCAGCAUCAUCGAUUGAAGCUGAUAAAUUCUGAGAGAAGACUCAAGCUCCUCGCUCGUGGCGAGAGACAAUUGCAUCAAUUCGAAGAGUCGAUCCGAAACAUGAUCGAGAUUUCACCCUGGGUGAAAAUCAACCGAUUCGACAGCUUUGCUCCCAUCCGACCCAAUUGUUUUGCACAGUGGCUGGUUGAUGGAAGAGACUACAUGUGGGUUGUCUCUCGUGCGAUCAACCAGGCCAAAGAUGUCAUCUAUAUCCAUGACUGGUGGCUCAGCCCUGAGCUGUACAUGCGUCGACCUCCCGCCAUUAGCCAGAAGUGGCGCCUUGACCGCCUGCUCAAACGAAAGGCGGAACAAGGUGUCAAGAUUUUCGUCAUCGUCUAUCGAAAUAUCGAGUCUGCCAUUCCUAUCGAUUCGCAGUAUACCAAAUUCUCGCUUCUCGAUCUUCAUCCAAACGUCUUUGUCCAAAGGUCGCCUAAUCAAUUCAGGCAGAAUACCUUUUUCUGGGCCCAUCACGAAAAGAUCUGUAUCGUUGAUCAUACCCUUGCUUUCGUUGGCGGGAUUGACUUGUGCUUCGGACGAUGGGAUACACCUCAACAUACAUUGGUCGAUGAUAAAUCCACCGGUUUCGAGGCAAGCGAUCAGCCCAAGGAUGCUGACCAUUGCCAGCUCUGGCCUGGAAAAGACUACUCCAACCCGCGGAUCCAAGAUUUCUACAAUUUGAAUAAGCCGUACGAAGAAAUGUAUGAUCGGACACGUAUCGCGCGAAUGCCCUGGCACGAUAUUUCCAUGCAAGUUGUCGGCCAACCAGCUCGAGAUCUGACGAGACACUUUGUCCAAAGAUGGAACUAUAUCCUGCGGCAGCGUAAGCCAACACGCCCCACACCUUUCUUGCUACCUCCACCAGACUUCAACCCAGCAGACCUGGAAGCCCUCGGACUCGAUGGGACUUGCGAGGUGCAGAUUCUGCGGUCAGCUGGACCAUGGUCCCUGGGCACCCCAGACAAGACCGAGCACAGCAUCAUGAAUGCCUACGUCAAAAUGAUUGAAGAGUCUGAACACUUUGUGUAUAUGGAGAACCAGUUUUUCAUCACCAGCUGUGAGACAGAAGGUGCAACGGUCCAUAACAAAAUCGGAGACGCGCUCGUCGAACGCAUCACUCGAGCGUCCAAAAACGGGGAAGCAUGGCGAGCUAUCAUCAUUAUUCCCCUAAUUCCAGGAUUUCAGAACACUGUCGAGCAAGAAGGAGGUACCAGCGUUCGUCUCAUCAUGCAGUACCAGUAUCGAAGCAUUUGUCGAGGAGAGUCAUCCAUUUUUGGACGCCUGAAGCAUGCUGGAGUAGAGCCUGAGGACUACAUCCAGUUUUACAGCUUGCGACAAUGGGGCAGACUCGGCCCGAACAAAACGCUGGUCACCGAGCAGCUCUACAUACAUGCGAAAUGCAUCAUUGUUGACGACAGGGUGGCAUUGAUUGGUUCUGCCAACAUCAACGAACGGUCCAUGUUAGGCAACCGCGAUUCCGAGUGUGCAGCGAUUGUACGUGACACUGAUUUACUAUGGUCAACUAUGAAUGGGAAACCGUACCAGGUCGGAAGAUUUCCUCACACUCUACGCAUGCGCUUGAUGCGCGAACAUUUGGGCCUUGAUGUCGACAAAAUCAUGGAAGAUGCUCAAGUCAUGGAGGCCGAGCAUCAGAAGUCAGAGAUUGCCGGCAGAUCUACCAAAUCUCCAUCUCACGGUGAUGAAGUUGCAAGUCCACAAUCUGAAGAGGAAGACACAUUGACUCCACUCGGAAAAAGAACAGCAGAGCUCCGAGAAGAAUUACUGAAACGAUCAGAAGAACUCAAGAGUUUCAAUCAUGAUGUUGAUUGGGAGCAACAGGACAAUCCUAAUCUCAAAAGCAAUCGCAAGCUAACAGAAGACUCUCGUGUGACCGGAAACGCAAAUCAUCGACAAGAUGUGGAAGGUCAAGGAUUCGACCACAUGGCGGAGGCGGACGCCGCGGGCCUGAUCGUUGGAAGAGAUUCAGCUAUCGCCAAGGGAGCUAGAGAGGUUCUAAUUGCAAAUCUUGACACCGAGGGUAGGGCUACGGUACAGAACCCUCGCCGACAUGGUGAAGCAGUACGUCUUCCUUCUUACGUUGCUAAGCAAGAGGUGCCCAACCCACCAUUCCCUCCAAGACCAACAGCCGAGCGUAUGAACACUGAACAGCUUGGGCUUCCAAUGCUCUCGAUAUUACCUGCCCUGCCUCCGGGAGACGAUACCGAUAUCGGCGGUCCUCCUCUAGAGAAACUAACCUCCAAAGACUCCGUGCGUACGAGACAUCCUUUGAUGAACGACCUGCGUCGACCUAUGGUUGACCGUGAUUGUAUGAUGGACCCCAUACAUGAUGCUUUCCUGUACGACACUUGGCAUGCUGUGGCUGAAAACAAUACCAAGAUCUAUCGAUCAGUGUUCAGGUGUAUGCCCGACAACCAGGUUAGGACUUGGGAAGAUUAUCGUCAAUACAUUGCAUAUGAGCAUAGAUUCAACCAGCUCCAGGGCCAUGACAUUCCCAAUGACGACAAGAUCCCUCACCCUUCCAAGUCAGGACCUGACACUAAGAGUGGACCACCGGGUGCUGGAUCCCACGCUCCUGGUGCCCAGCUCAAGUCGAUCGCUAAAGUGCCCAGUGAUCUGGAGAAGCACACAGGUGAUAUCAAAGACAGGGUCAAGGAAGUCUUUGGUGGCGAAGGAAAAGAGGGUCAAGAGACAUCCGAGAAGAACGAUCUACGAGCGUGGGCAGCGGAAGCCAACCAGGCACAAGCCGACCGAGAAGGGGUGUCCGUGGCAGAGAGGCAAGGGAUCCCUACCCUGCAUCGCCAAGAGACGUUGACCGAAGAGAGGUCGGGAUUGCAGACCGUUAUUGAAGGACAAGUCAUCUCAGACGAAAUCAGUGGAGAAGAUGAUGAGGGCAGCAUGGAACCUCCCAACAGCAGUCCUAGUACCAACACGGUGGUUGAUAAGGAGACAUUGAGCAAUGGAGAUACUCCAACGAUAAGCGGUAGCUUUGUGGGAUACUCUGAAGCGACCAAUGUGAAUUCUGCGCAAGGUGCGUCAGCGACUGGCAAGCAGCGGCGAAGAAGGGCCACAACGAGAUCGAGUCGACGCGAGUUUAGCGCUAGUGACGAUAUUCUCAGCGUUCCUGAAGCGGAAGAGCUGCUGGAUUGUGUUCAAGGACAUUUGAUUAUUUGGCCUUAUGAUUGGUGAGUGAUGACUGAGCUGGCGUUCCUGGGAACUGUUCUAAUGAGUAUUUGCAGGCUGGAAAAGGUUGAGGCGGGAAGCAAUUGGCUGUUCCCGUUCGACCAGAUCAGUCCGAUUGAAAUCUAUAUCUAAUCCUCUUGACUUGUGGAAGAGCGGCUUAGCUUGACAGUUGAUCGACACACACAUGCCUUGGAUCAACAGGACCUGGUGGAGAGGACGAGAAAGGCAGAAAACAAGAGAAGGAACCGGUUCACAGGCGACGAAAGAAUUGUUUCCAUUGAGAAUGGGCGGACCAAAGCAUUUUAAAGAGAAAGAACAUAUGGCGGACGAAGAGGCUGAGAUGUGACCAAGCAAAGCUCCGCUCCGCUCGGCCCUGUACGUUGCUGAUUUGCAUGCCGUGCAGCAAACCACACCAGUGUUGUGGGCAAGUGAAAUGCAGCUUUGUUUCCAUAUACGAUCGAAUUAGCGGGUGCGGGUAUGCGGGCGGAUUAACGGCUUUCAUUGGGUUCGGGCAAGCACAAAACAGAUGAAUAGUCAUCACUUCAUUAUUCUUAUUGUUAUCAUUACCUACUAUUCCGUUUAUUAAUGGAAGGCGGAGAUGAAAAAGAAACAGGUGGAAGGGGAAGUGAGUAGGCAGGCAGGCAGGCAGGCAGGCAGUUGACCGAGGCUGGCCUGGCUGGCUUGGACGAGAAGAGUGACGCAGGAUGGGAGCAAAAGGUGUCUGCCGGUGUCACUGUUGAUCGAGGUCGAGUUCACUCAUCAUCUGUGUGACUGCUGUCAAUACCUCUCUACCUCUACCUCUUCUCCUCCCUCUAUAAGGGCUGUUGGUUCACGUCCGACUUUACACACACGUACACACAUACACAUACCUCCGAACUACUAGCUAUUCCUGUCCUACAGCCCAGCUUGUAAUGACAAUAGAUUUAUUUUCUUUUUCUUCAC